UGCGGUGGAGUCUCGAUGAUGUCACUGAACAAGCCACGCCUCUCCAGAGCGCAGCAACCGGAAAAUACCCAUUGGCUGAGGAAUGCGAGGACGUUAAGAUUGAUUAAUUUGAAGUCAGCAAAUCAUGGCUGGCUUCAGGCAGGAGGAUGUGGAGCUGUGCUAUGAAAUGGGAGAGGAGUUAGGAAGUGGACAGUUUGCCAUUGUGCGUAAAUGUAAAGAAAAGAGCUCGGGAACAGAAUAUGCCGCCAAAUUUAUCAAGAAGAGACGGCUGUCAUCCAGUCGACGGGGUGUGAGCCGAGAGGAGAUCGAACGAGAGGUGAACAUCCUCCGAGAGAUUCAGCACAGCAACAUUAUUACCCUCCAUGACAUCUUUGAGAACAAGACUGACGUGAUCCUGAUCCUGGAGCUGGUGUCUGGAGGGGAGCUGUUUGACUUCCUGGCUGAGAAGGAGUCGCUGACCGAGGAGGAGGCCACGCAGUUCCUCAAGCAGAUCCUGGAUGGAGUCUACUACCUACACUCUAAACGCAUAGCACACUUUGACUUGAAGCCUGAAAACAUAAUGCUGCUGGAUAAAAAUGUACCAAACCCCAGAAUCAAAUUGAUAGAUUUUGGAAUUGCACAUCAGAUUAAGGAUGGAAACGAAUUUAAAAACAUCUUCGGAACUCCUGAGUUUGUUGCACCAGAAAUUGUCAAUUAUGAGCCCCUUGGCCUGGAGGCAGACAUGUGGAGCAUUGGAGUUAUCACAUAUAUACUCUUGAGUGGCGCUUCUCCGUUUCUUGGCGAGACCAAACAAGAAACACUUACCAACAUUUCAGCUGUCAACUAUGACUUUGAUGAAGAGUACUUCAGCAACACAAGUGAGCUCGCCAAGGACUUCAUUCGCCGACUGCUGGUCAAGGAUCCUAAGAAGCGAAUGACAAUCGAGGACAGUCUCCAGCACCCCUGGAUCAAGGUGAUUAAGAGGCGUAACGUUCGACCUGAAGAGAGCGAGCGCAAGCCGGAGCGCAGGCGUCUGAAGACCACCCGUCUGAAGGAGUACACUAUCAAAUCCCACUCCAGCAUGCCUCCUAACAACACCUACAUCAAUUUCGAGCGCUUCUCUCAGGUCAUGGAGGAGAUAGCCGCGGCUGAGGAUGGCCUACGAGAGCUGGAGAAGAACCAGCGCUCCUGCGGGGAGGAUGUGGCCGCUCUGCUCUCCAUCUAUGAGGAGAAGGAAAGCUGGUACAAGGAGGAGAACGAAAGCAUCGCUGCAGAUCUCAAUCAGAUCAAACAGGAGCUGCAGAAAGCACAAGCCCUGCGCAGACAGAGCCAGGAGGAGACCCGAGCCGCCAUGCUGUCGGCCAAUGCCCUCAAACGCAAGUUUGGUCGGUUGGAGAACCGCUAUGAAGUGCUAGCUGAGCAGAUGGUCUCUGAGGUGCGCUGGGUGGAGGAGCUGGUGCGCUCAAUUUCAGCUGAAAAUGACACGCACAGCAACAGCAUGGCUUAAGCUGCUCUGUUUGCUUUCAGAACGCAACAACUAUCUAAUGUCUUUGCUUGGUAUGUGCAGGGCAGAUAUAGAGCAUUAAACUUAGCAAUAAGCUUCAUAUAAGCCUGUAGCGUUCAUGUUACUUUUAGAACAAAAGAGCAAGCAGUGCAAAAUUGU